ACGAAAAAAUGUGUAGCCGAAGCCAUAUGUAUCAUUAAUCUAUAUAAGAACUCGAGGAACAUCAAGAAAUCCUACAACAGCCAUUCACUUCAUCCCCUUCGUCUGCUCUCUCUUUCUCUCUAGUGAUCUAAGAACUGGAGCAUCUUCUCUCUCUCUCUCUCUAGUGAUCUAAGAACUCGAAGAUAUACAGCCAUUGACUUGCAUCCCCCCUCGUCUCCUCUCUCUGUCUCGGCAACCAAACGAAUCCAUGGAUAUGGCUACACUCAUCAUUGUCUUAGGUGUCUUAGGUAACAUCGUAUCUUUCAUUGCAUUCCUUGCUCCAGUACCAACAUUUCACUGGAUUUACAAAAGUAAAUCAGCAGAAGGGUUUCAAUCACUGCCAUAUGUCAUAGCACUGCUAAGUUCAAUGUUAUCGAUGUACUAUGCAUUGCUUCAAGAAGGUGUUCUGCUGCUCAUUACUAUUAACUCAUUUGGUUGUGUUAUCGAGACCAUCUACAUUAGCUUGUUUAUCUUUUACGCUCCCAAAAAAUUUAAGAUUCAGACUGUGAAUAUUCUUCUGUUACUGAAUGUUUUCGGCUAUGGGCUAAUGAUUGUAUUGACUACUCUCCUUACUAAAGGAGAUCUACGACGCAAAGUAGUUGGAUUGAUUUGUCUCGCAUUUAACAUUGGUGUAUUUGCUGCACCUUUUUCUACCAUGAGACAAGUUAUCAAAACUAGGAGCGUAGAGUUCAUGUCAUUUCUGUUGUCAUUUGUCAUCACACUAGGGGCAAUCAUGUGGUUCUUUUAUGGUUUUUUAGUCAAAGACUUUUAUGUAGCACUUCCAAAUGUAUUGGAGUUUUUUCUUCGCAUUAGUCAAAUGAUACUUUACUUUCUGUUCAAGAAUGCUAAGAGUGUAAUAGUGGUUCACGAGGAUCAGUCAAAGCUAGAGCUAGUAUGA